GCAUAUCUUCAAAUUUUCCUUCACAGUGCGUUUAUCCUUGAGUCCAUCUAAAAUGAAUGUUGAUCUGGAAGGUUGUUGUAGAUAUAGUACGAGCAAAGCUGGUAUGGAAGGUUUAGAUAAAGCCACAAUUAUGAAUAUUAUAUUGGAGAAUUCCAAAGGGUCAAAGUUUUAUGAAAAUGAACUGAGGCGGGAAAAAGCUCUUCGUCAACAAAUUGAACAAAAGCUUAAAGUUAUAAAAUCACUUACACCGGCGAUGUUAAAAAGUGGUGAAUUAGAAGUAAGUACAUUUUCUCCUCUCUUUCUCAUCGUCUCUUAUUGUCAAUGAAUUAUUUCACAUGAAAUUUAAAAUUUGAUUAUGAAGUUAAUUUAUUCAGGUUGUAAAGAUACCCGAGUUCGGUUGUUGGAGAUACAGGUGCGAUGCAUCUUAAAUUCUUUGAAGUUGACACUUCCUUAUCCAGUAUUUUCCAGUACUUUCCUCUUGUUAAUCGCUAACACUUCUUUCCAUUGCUUCCUUUUUUCAUUACAGAGCUUUUAUCUUGUCUACAUAGUUAAAUGAUCUACUUAUUCUGUACAACCUGGAACAAGAGUUCUUCUAGAGUAGUAUAGCAUUUUGUUCAAGUUCUCAAAUUAACUAAGUAUAUAUUCAUCUGGAUGAAAAACGUUUUGUUAUUAAUACUUCUACCCGGCAUCUUGGUCCUUAUUUUAAAGUUAUAUAAUAAUAGUAUUAUUUUAUUAGUUUUUUUAUUAGCUUAAAUUGAAUUAUGAUCUCAACUCUUGAAAUUAUUCAAUAUUAUAUGUUUAGCAUAAUAUGGAAUUCUCAGCGCACAAGUCUCUUGGAUAUGUAUAACAUAUUCAUUAUAAAAAGAGAUACUCAAUUGUACUAACCAUUAAUCUUUUAUAAUCAGUAAACGGUUUUGUGGAGAUUGUAGUAAUUUAAUAAUUAAAUUCAUGAGCCAAUUGAAGGUAGACCUAUAGCGACUCACGUGCAAAUGGGUUUAUUCUCAUUUAACUCAGUUAAGCCCUUUUGUUAACUUAUUUAAUGGACAAAGUCAUCCAUGAUAUAACAACUUGUUGUACUAUCUUUAUUAUUAUGCUUGUAUGAAAUACAUAUGCUUGAACAUUGUUUAGCGCCUACGCAUGUAUUCAUUCUGCUAGCUUCAUUAUUAACUGCUUAAUCUAUUCGCUGACUCAUCUAUUUUCCUAUACAUAUAUAUACCUGUACAUUUUGCACGCAUUGACUACAGCUACUUACUACUGCUACAAUCGUAGUUCGCUUGCUCAUUCAUUUUGCCUCUCUGCUGUCUGGUCCGAAUUAUCUGCUAAAUAAAACUGUAGUAGCUGCUUCUUUUUGCCUUCUGAUUUCAAGUAUCGUUGAAGAUUGUACGAUAACGGUUCGAGGGUGAUUAAUUAACGAAGCACAGCCACUACAGACCACCUGGAAGCACUAGACGGCCAUUUCAUCUCAGUUUGGGACUCCUCAGCAGUGCGCAUCCACGACCCCGCCCCGCUUUUGUAGUAUUGAGCAACUUACUCAAAUCAAAAGCUUUUUUUUCAAUACUUCACUGGCGUUUUGAUUAACAGUCAGAAAUUAAUAUAUAUCUUCAUGUAUUCAUAAAUUUCUCAAAUGUUUCAUGCUUAAGAAAAAGCUUUGAAAUUGCGUGGAUAUAAUAAUUGAUUAUUGUUUAUUUCACUUUCGAGUGAUGUUUAUUGUGUUCCUGAUUGUACGAUUUCCUAACAGUUAUAUAUGUGAGACUAUAAUUUUUGGACGACGUUUGAGCGACGAUUAAGUGACCUUCAGAAUGUGACCUACUAACUAGGACCAAAUGAGGGUUGUAAACCAGUGUGAGGAAUUAGAAUUAUGAUUUAACGUUGAUGGUUAGGGUUAGGAUUUAGAUUUAAUGUUUUCAUCACGAACUGACACCAGCUAAAAUGCCAAAACUCUAUUUAGCCAAACGGUUGAAUGAAUUUCGCUCCGAAAUCUAAGACGUGUUAUCCUAAAUCUGAUUGAUUCGUCCAUAAAUUAUAGUCUCGCCGUUAUACCUUGUAAGAUUUUAGAUGCUCCCCACUGAUUCAGCUUUUAAUCUAAUUCGUUUACUUAUUCAUAUUAAAUUUGGUUGUUCCAUCAACUAAUUUUUGCUUGCAUUCUAGGCAGAUCACAUACUGAACGAUUUAAGACAGAAACGACGUUUUUCUCGAAUCAUUGUACAUGUGGAUAUGGAUGCAUUUUAUGCAGCUGUUGAAAUACGUGAUCAACCCGAACUUAGACAUCAUCCAGUUGCUGUCGGUAGUAACAGUAUGCUAUCUACAAGCAAUUAUAUCGCUCGACGAUUCGGCGUACGUGCUGGUCUACCUGGAUUCUUAGGCAAAAAACUUUGUCCUCAAUUGAAAAUUAUACCGUGUGAUUUCGUAAAGUAUACUGCAGCUAGUCGUGUAGUACGAUCUAUUUUAAUGGAAUACACUGUUUCUCCUGAGAGUGCACGAAAUUCCUGUGAAUCAGAUAAUAUUCCAUUUUCGGCGGUCAGUUUAGAUGAAGCGUAUCUAGAUAUAACAGAUCAUUUGGUAGACCGUUCUGAUUUUCCUGUUGAACGACGUACAUUUUGGCCGAGACCAGCACCUGGAGCACCUAUGUUGGUUUGUCGUUGUCGGUCACGUUCUAAACAUCCACAAUCUCAUUUGAAUAGUAGCUGCACUGAUGACCAAUCCGAAAUUCUUAUAGAUGAUAAUUCUGAGAGCAAUUCUAAUUCUUGUAAAGAAACAGAUAAAUCAUCUGAUAAGCUAUCUGUACGUAUAAUAAAACCGAAAUACUCUGAUCCUGAACUAGAUGUAUGCAUUGAAUGUGGAUUACUUUGUAAAUCUGGUCGUCGAAUAUUUGGUUUAUCAGCUUGGGAAGCUGUUCGAGAAAUGCGAUUUCGUGUUUUUUGUGCUACACGUCUUACUUGUAGUGCUGGUCUUGGUCCGAAUACAUUGAUUGCAAAAAUCGCCUCCGAUUGGAUAAAACCAUGUGGGCAACAUGAAAUCGCUAAUACACUAGAAGCUGUCGAUAAAUUUAUGCAAACUAUGCCUGUGAGAAAAGUUCCAGGAAUUGGACAUGUUACAGAACGUCGACUAGAUGCAUUUGGAAUUAAAACAUGUGCUGAUUUAAUUGAUAAACGUGGUUUACUCUGGCAUGUAAGCACUAAAAUAUCAAUGGUUUACUACAUGCGUAUUGCAUUAGGACAUUCUGAUGAUCGUUGGUUAAUUAAUGUAAAAAAUCAUUUUGAUGAGAAGUCAAAUAAACCUUUUGGAUUUAUUGAUAAUGAUUCAGAAAAUAUCGUUCCUUCUGCACAAAGUCAAGUAGAAUUGAAUAGAAAGAGUAUGAGUGUAGAAAGAACAUUUUCAGAUACAUCAGAUGAAAAUGAAUUAAUGCAUCGUUGUGAACAACUUGCUCAAAUGUUAUCAACUGAUUUAAAAGAGGAACAUGUCAAAGGUCAGUUAAUCACACUUAAAAUGAAAUUAGAUACAUUUGAAAUUCGAACAAGAUCACAACUCCUACCAGAUUACACUAAUCAUACAGAGAUUAUCAAUUCAUUCGGUCGUGAAUUAUUGCGUGAAGAAAUGGUAGCGUUUAAAUCGAAUACAGCUGUGAAUAAACCACUUACUUUACGUCUUAUGGGCCUACGCAUGUCCAACUUAUUACCAGUGGAAAUGUGUCCACAAAUUCGUCAACGUAGUGUUGAGGAAGCUUUUAUGUUUGCAAUAACAAGCAAUAAUACUAGUUCUGAAAAAAAUCCCAGUACAAUUUCUAAAACUCUGUUACACACUGAAACAUCUAUUAAAUCGCAUAACAUGAUAACUUCACCUAAAUCAGUUGAAUCAACAAAAAAUAGACUGAAAAAGUUAACAAAGUCUAGUCAGAAAAAUGAUAAAAAGAAAAUGGUCGGUUGUAAUUCUUCUUCAUUGAUUACACAAUGGACUAAACCUUCUCCAUUAACUAGAGAUAAUGAAGUUAGUUCACCAUCUUCAUUUAUCUCAUUAAAUUUAUCGCUUGAAUCGUCAUUAUCAUUGUUAGCAUCAUCUUCAUCUUCUAAUAACAAUACUGGUUACUUUUUUACAUGUCCUGUCUGUGAAAGAGAUUUUCAAUUUUCUUCAGAAGAUAAGUUCAAUUAUCAUUUGGAUGAGUGUUUAAAUAGAUCAACUAUUUUAGAAGUAGUCAAAGAGACUUUGACUGAUAGAGAUUAUUGUUCAACUACUAUAACACAGUCUAAUCAUUUGAAUUCAUCAUCAGAUGAUAUUGGUAUUCGAAAGGCGAAAUCGCAAAAACUUGAAGUUAAACAAUCCAAAAACAGUAACAUAUCAACAACGAAGACCAUGACGACAACAACAACAACUUCUCAUGGACCUCUUGAUAAAUUUCUAUUUAAUUCAUCUACUGUACAUUUUGAUUAAAAUUAUACAUGGAACUCCUAAAAUAGAAAAUCAUUUACUACUUCAUCAUUGUGAUUAUGAUCAUUUGAAUAGUUUCAAUGGUUAAAAUAUUUUACAAACUCUAUAUUAUAUUUCUUAUUGUCGUCUUCCAUGAACUAGGCGGUAAACCAACGGUGAAAUAGUUCGUUUAAAUUUUGAAGUUAAAAUUAAGAUAAACCCUGAGUUUCUUUUAUUUAUCAUCUUGCAUUUACAGUCAUUUUUCAUGUUUGAUUUUGGUUCAUAAUGAACUAUAGUCUUUGUUUUGUUUCUUUUUUUGAUACUAAGGCGAUAGAAAGUCAUCAAUAAUUUCUAGUGAUUACAUUUCUAUUUUUAUAUUAUUUACCAACGAUAUUUAUGUAUAUAACAUUUUAUCAUAGAUUUACAAAUAAAUUUCCCUACUGA